AUGAAAGCGUGCCGGUGUAUCACCAUCCUCACCGGCGCCGGCAUCUCUGCUGAGUCGGGAAUUUCCACAUUUCGCGAUAACGACGGGCUCUGGUGCAACCACCAUGUGGAGGACGUAGCGUCUCCGGACGCCUUCAUCAGAAACCCGGCUCUCGUCCAGCUCUUCUACAACGAGCGUCGCCGCAAUCUUCUGCUAACCUCUGUCACGCCGAACAAGGCGCACGUGGCACUCGCCAGGUUAGAAGAGGAGCUGAGUGGAAAGAGGAAGGUCGUUAUUGUCACUCAGAAUGUGGACAACCUGCAUGAGCGUGCCGGCUCGAAAAAUGUACUGCACAUGCAUGGCGAGCUUCUGAAGGUCCGCUGCACAGCCACGGGGAACGUCUUUGAAUGGCAGAAGGACAUCGUGGGAGAUGUGGACCACUGUCCCGACUGCGGCUUGCUUGGCACCUUGCGCCCGCACAUUGUUUGGUUUGGUGAGAUGCCGUUCUGCAUGGACGAGAUCGAGUCGAUACUGUCGAAGACGGAUCUCUUUGUUGCCAUCGGCACCUCCGGAAACGUGUACCCCGCCGCCGGGUUUGUAAAACGGGCGCAGGUUUAUGGUGCGACGACGCUUGAGCUGAAUUUUCAGGAAGGAUCCAACAGCAUGCUCUUUCAGGAGUCCAUCUAUGGCAAAGCGAGCGAAAUUGUGCCAGCUUGGGUGGACCGAGUGCUGAAAGAGAGCUCGAAAAAGUGA